AAUAUUAUUAUUAUUGACAUAUUGUGUGAAAUGAAUAAAUAUUGAGGUGUAAAUUAAGUAAAACAUAAAUAUAUUGUCUUAUUUAUAAUAAUGGAUAAAAUACGGCAAACUCUGGGCAGCUCUGGAGAAUCAACAGAUGAUUCGAAUGACUCAUUCUUUCCAUCUCUGAGUUGGUCGACAAGAAUCCAAGGAUUUGUCAUUUGUUUUAUAUUAGGAUUUGUAUUGUCUAUAAUCGGUGGCGCAUGUAUUGCACUCCCAAAAGGAUUAAUACUUUUUGCAUUUUUCUAUACACUCGGAAAUGUCACAUCAAUGGCCAGCACAAUGUUUCUGAUGGGACCCUUUCGACAGAUCAGGACUAUGUUUGCAAAAACCCGAAUCAUCGCUACAUUAGCCGUAUUUCUCUUCAUGAUAUUGACUUUAAUGGCAGGCCUUUGGUGGCGUAAAGUAGGUCUGGCCAUCAUAUUCUGUAUUCUUCAAUUCUUAGCUUUCACGUGCACAAUGUUUCUGAUGGGACCCUUUCGACAGAUCAGGACUAUGUUUGCAAAGACCAGAAUCAUCGCUACAUUAGCCGUAUUUCUCUUCAUGAUAUUGACUUUAAUGGCAGGCCUUUGGUGGCGUAAAGUAGGUCUGGCCAUCAUAUUCUGUAUUCUUCAAUUCUUAGCUUUCACGUGGUAU